AUGUCGAAGGGACCUUCAGUUGACAUUGAUCUUGGCACCACCUACUCCUGCGUAGGAGUCUUCCAGCAUGGAAAAGUGGAAAUCAUUGCCAAUGACCAGGUAAAUCGAACCACCCCCAGUUAUGUCGCCUUCACAGACACAGAGCGUCUUAUUGGAGAUGCUGCAAAGAAUCAAGUUGCGAUGAACCCCACCAAUACGGUUUGUGAUGCCAAGCAUCUGAUUGGCCGUCGAUUUGAUGAUGCGGUUGUCCAGUCAGAUAUGAAGCAUUGGCCCUUCACGGUGGUGAAUGAUGCAGGCAGGCCAAAGGUCCAGGUGGAGUACCAAGGGGAGACCAACAGCUUCUAUCCAGAAGAGGUGCUAUCUAUGGUCGUGACAAAGAUGAAGGAAAUUGCUGAAGCUUACCUUGGGAAGACAGUCACUAAUGCUAUGGUCACAGUCCCCACUUACUUCAAUGAUUCCCAACGUCAGGCAACCAAAGAUGCUGGAACAAUCGCUGGUCUCAAUGUGCUCCGUAUCAUCAAUGAGCCAACUGCCGCUGCUAUUGCUUAUGGCUUGGGCAAGAAGGUUGGUGCCGAGAGAAAUGUGUUGAUCUUUGACCUUGGAGGUGGUACCUUUGAUGUCUCCAUCCUCACCAUUGGAGAUGGGAUCUUUGAAGUGAAGUCAAGAGCUGGAGAUACCCAGCUGGGUGGGGAGGACUAUGACAACCGGGUGGUCAAUCAUUUCAUUGCCGAGUUCAAGCGCCAGCACAAGAAGGACAUCAGUGAGAACAAGCGUGCCGUCCGCCGCCUGCGUACCGCUUGUGAGCGAGCCAAGCGCACCCUUUCCUCCAGCACCCAGGCCAGCAUUGAGAUGGAUUCCCUCUACGAGGGCAUCGACUUCUACACCUCCAUUACGCGAGCCCGCUUCGAAGAGCUGAAUGCUGACCUGUUCCGUGGCACCCUGGAUCCCGUGAAGAAGGCCCUGCGAGAUGCCAGGCUCAAUAAGUCCCAAAUCCAUGAUAUCGUCCUGGUUGCUGGCUCCACCCGAAUCCUCAAGAUCGAGAAACUUCUACAGGACUUCUUCAAUGGCAAGGAGCUGAAAAAGAGUAUCAAUCCGGAUGAGGCUGUCGCCUACGGUGCAGCUGUCCAGGCCGCCAUUGUGUCAGGAGACAAUUCUGAGAAUGUGCCGGAUCUUCUCCUGUUAGAUGUGACCACCCCGUCCCUGGGAAUUGAAACAGCGGGAGGGGUCAUGACUGUCUGGAUCAAGCGCAACACCACCAUCCCCAUCAAGCAGACACAGACUUUCACCACGUACUCAGACAACCAGCCUGGCGUACUCAUUCAGGUUUAUGAAGGUGCGAGAGUCAUGACCAAGGACAACAACCUGCUUGGGAAGUUUGAGUUGACUGGCAUCCCUCCUGCUCCCCGAGGUGUGCCUCAGAUCGAGGUCACCUUUGACAUCGACGCCAGUGGCAUCCUGAAUGUGUCUGCUGUGGACAAGAGCACAGGCAAGGAAAACAAGAACACAAUCACCAAUGACAAAGGGCGUCUGAGUAAAGAAGACAUCAAGCGCAUUUUGCAGGAGGCAGAGUACCUCUAA